CAUCAUGUUUUUAAUAGAUUUUUUACUUACAAUGUUUUUAUUUAUCAUUGAAGAUUUACCAACUGCUACAUAAUAAUGGGCUACCAUCUCAAACAUUGGUUCCCAAAGUGGGGGUGCGCCCCCUAGGGGAAGCGCAAAGACCUUUAAAGGGGGGCGCGGACCAUCUGUGUACAUAAGUAUAAAAAACCUGCGACCGCUGACAGAAUGCAUUUCAGAAUGCUUGAUACAACCAAUAAAUAAUCUUGACUGGAGGAGGGGGGCGCAGAAUUUUUGUAUAGUCGAAAGGGGGCACGUCUUAAAUAAGUUUGGGAACCAAUGAUCUAAAAGAUAUGCAUAGUAUUCAUUUACAAAGAAAAAAAGGUAGACCCAUCUUUUAAAGCAGCUUUGUGUCUCUGUUUAUCAACAAAAUAAUGUGAAGUGAUAACAUAUUUUUUAUAAAUGACUCAUCAGUAUAUUUAUUUAUUUAUUUAUUUCCACACACAUUAUCACUAUCUUUUAUUAUCUUUAUAUGUUAAAUACAGAUACAUUCAUACAGUUCCUCAAGUUCUUUAUCAAUGAUUUUAGUAAUGCAAUGUUGUAUUUUUUAUCUAAUAACAUCAUUUGAUACGCCCGUAUUCACAAACAUUACUAUGAGGUCUCACAGUGCGCGUGGACGCACAGGGUCACACACGAACCAAUUAUAGAGCUCUAUUGAACACUGUGCGUUCGAUUUGCUGCUUCACUUAAGCAAGCAUUGUGAAUACGGGUGUUAGUCUUAAGUCAAAUAAGGAAAUUGUUCAAAAUGUGAACAUACAAAGUCUCAUUCAUAUUUUAUAUCUUCGUUGAUAACAAGCUUAUUGUGCUAUUCCUUGAACACUCAAAAUAAAAAGUUCUGUUGUAUUAACUCAAAUACAUUUAAUACCAACUCUUGGAAUAUUAAGGUCAUAGCAGACUUAUCGACUCGGAAAGGGAUCAACACGGUACCGUAUCCCCUUUCGCGAUCUGUCAACGACAGCGCACUUUAGACGAUUUUGUAUUCGUAUAUUAGCUUGUACGCAGCUUGGGAUGUCCACCGACAAGGUGGACCGACGAAAUCAUAAAGUUAGCAGGAAGCCGCUGGACGCAGGUCGAUACCAACCGGGUAACAUGGAAAGCAUUGGGGGAGGCCUAUGUUCAGCAGUGGACGUCCUAUGGCUGAGAUGAUGAUGACGAUGAUGAUUAGCUUGUAUGAAAUUGACAAGUCGCGUCUAGUCGCUGCGAUUUUCGUCCAGUUUGGGCUGUCGCUAAUCAACCGCGAGACGAAGCGUUUACGUUACGGUGCGGUUAAGUGUGCGUUGCAGUAUGGAGUUUCAUAUAAAACAUACUGACUGCUUCGAGUUGAUACGGUUACGAUCCCUUUCUGGGUUGAUAAGUGUGCUACGUCCUUAAGCGGUCACAUGAGACCGCGGUAACAAUUGAUUUCUAUGGUGUAUCUUGACUUUAUUGAGAAUACACGGUAAUGGGAAACAUAAAAUAAAGAAUCGACUGCCACAGGCGGAUGAACCCACGACCUUUUGCUUGCUGGGCGACUGCAUAUCUACGGAGCGAUUGGUAAACGCGUUGAAACUGUAUUUUGCCAGUUUUUGCAUCUAUUAUUUAUAAUAACGUUACCCUCCUUGGUGGACCGACAAUCUGGUGAAGGAAGGAAGCACGGACGCGGGCAGUGCAGGACCGGUCGUGGAUAUCCUUGGGGGAGGCCUUUGUCCAGCAGUGGACGCGUUCGUCUGAAACAUUUCUUCGUUGCUGAUCUAUUAAAAGUUUUCCUACGUUAAAAUAUAGAAACACGAGUCUCAAUGCGGCAUUUUUUAUAUGAGUUAGGCGAUUAUCACACUGCACCGCGCUCCGCCGCGGUCCGCGUGGCGACAUAAUAACGUAUCCCGCGCGCAAACGCGUUAUCAGCGUGUUGUGCCGCGCGUGUUUUCUAUACAAACUGAGGUACUUCCAUUUAGGCUGGUUUUAGAGUCACGCUGACGCACGCUGACCGUCAGCGCUGACAGCCGAAUUGUAUGAAGCGUCGGCGCCGAGCGAUCAGCGUCACUCAGGAACGUUUCCUUCAAUUACGUACAUAUUGAACUGUCAGCGCCGACGAUCAGCGCGACUCUAAAACCAGCCAUAAUGAUUAGAUCUGUCGUCCCGCGUACUGCGGCGGAGCGCGGUGCAGUGUGAUAAUCGCCUUAGUUAAAAUGGCACGCGAAAGUUCUAAUUUUCCUACAUUGUCGUUCAAAAACAACGCCUACUCCGACGUCAUAAGACGUACGUUUACGAUAACCACUCGUGCGCAUCCGCCAUUAUUUCAGUACACAAGCAACGCGACAGGCAUGAUGCAGCAGCCAUUGAAGAAGGAUUUUAGGAAGAAAAGGCAGUACUCGGGGAAGGGAUACUAUGGAGAGCCCCCGUCGAAAAAGUCUGCGCCUUCGAUCAAACUGGAGGCCGGGUUUAAAUGGAAUUUACAGGCGCUGGCAAACGCAGCGGAUGCUGUGGAAACGGGCGGCAAGUCGCCGGUGUCUGCGCUGAAUGAGUUGGGGGUCCGAGUGAACUACACUGUCUUACAGCAGGGGGGCCCGGCCCACUGCCCGAGUUUCACAGUCGCUGUCACUGUAGCGGACAUGACCUUCGAAGGCUGGGGUCACAGCAAGCGCGAGGCGCGCGCGUCGGCGGCCCGCGCCUGCCUGUCCGCCUUGCUGGCGCGCGCCGGCCGCGUGCUUCCGGCACCGGGCGCCGGCCCGCAGCAGGACUUCACCAGCGACGAGCCCGGGAGGAUGCCAGUGUCGGACUUCCAAUGCCUGGAGGUGAAGAUGAAGCAGCCGCCGACGGUCGCGACCGUGAAGUCCACGGAUACGAGUCCCGAAGGCACCCCGCCCCCCACUUCUUGCCCCGCGACCGCGCUAUUCGGCGCGACCAACAACGCCGCCGUCAACAAGAGUCCCAUCAACGUUCUGUACGAGAACUAUCCUGGACUCAACUUUGUGUGCACUUUCGGGGACGGAUCGCAGCUGGAUUCUAGCCAAGCUCCCCUCCAGUUGAGCCACAGUAUGAGAUUCAAGGUGGUUUGCUGCGUGAAAGACCAGAAGUUUGAAGGAUAUGGGUCCAGUAAAAAACUAGCCAAGCUGGCAGCGGCUCGCUCAGCUCUAGCUGUCUUGGACGAGGGCCGCGUGGAGUCCCCGCCGCCCUCUGCCAUGGCUGGCUUCCUGCCACAGACCCUGGCCGACCACGUGGGGAAACUGGUGAACGAGAAAUUCAAUGAGGUGAUGAAGGGUGAUCUGGUCCACUCCAAGAGAAAGGUGCUUGCUGGUAUCGUCAUCACCAUCAACAACAGGACUGAGGAUGCCAGGGUAAUCGCAGUGACCACCGGCACCAAGUGCGUUUCCGGCGAGCAUAUGUCGGUACGCGGGAGGGUUCUCAACGAUUGUCACGCUGAGGUGACGGCCCGGCGUUGCUUGCAGCGGCACCUCUACGCCCAACUGUUGAUGUACGCUUCUGCUGAAGAUCCCAAGGCCACCAUCGCUUUAUCCGACCUAGAACCGGUACCAGGCGGCGGCUACCAGAUGAAGCCGGACCGUCAGAUCCAUUUGUAUGUGAGCACUGCUCCCUGCGGUGAUGGGAGGAUAUUCAGUCCCCAUGAGCAGCCACAGCCAGAGCCUGACAGACACCCUAACAGGCUCGCCCGAGGUCAGCUGAGGACAAAGAUCGAGUCCGGGGAAGGCACUAUCCCGGUCAAAAACUGCACCAAUGUCGUGCAGACUUGGGACGGGGUUAUGCAGGGCGAGCGCCUCCUAACAAUGUCGUGCUCAGACAAAGUCGCCCGCUGGUGCGUCGUAGGGCUCCAGGGCGCGUUGCUGUCGCGCUGCAUACGCCCGGUGCACCUGCACUCGCUGGUACUGGGCUCGCUGCUGCACCCGCACCAUAUGUACAGGUCAGUCGCUUAAGUCACUUACAGGGCACUCACUUAUACAGGGAAGUCACUUAUACAUGAGUCACUUAAUACAAGGAAGUCACUUAGAGAUGAGUCACUUAUACAAGGCAGUGACGUAGACAUGAGUCACUUAUACAGAGCAGUCGCCCGCUGGUGCGUCGUAGGGCUCCAGGGCGCGUUGCUGUCGCGCUGCAUACGCCCGGUGCACCUGCACUCGCUGGUACUGGGCUCGCUGCUGCACCCGCACCAUAUGUACAGGUCAGUCGCUUAAGUCACUUACAGGGCACUCACUUAUACAGGGAAGUCACUUAUACAUGAGUCACUUAAUACAAGGAAGUCACUUAGAGAUGAGUCACUUAUACAAGGCAGUGACGUAGACAUGAGUCACUUAUACAGAGCAGUCGCCCGCUGGUGCGUCGUAGGGCUCCAGGGCGCGUUGCUGUCGCGCUGCAUACGCCCGGUGCACCUGCACUCGCUGGUACUGGGCUCGCUGCUGCACCCGCACCAUAUGUACAGGUCAGUCGCUUAAGUCACUUACAGGGCACUCACUUAUACAGGGAAGUCACUUAUACAUGAGUCACUUAAUACAAGGAAGUCACUUAGAGAUGAGUCACUUAUACAAGGCAGUGACGUAGACAUGAGUCACUUAUACAGAGCAGUCGCCCGCUGGUGCGUCGUAGGGCUCCAGGGCGCGUUGCUGUCGCGCUGCAUACGCCCGGUGCACCUGCACUCGCUGGUACUGGGCUCGCUGCUGCACCCGCACCAUAUGUACAGGUCAGUCGCUUAAGUCACUUACAGGGCACUCACUUAUACAGGGAAGUCACUUAUACAUGAGUCACUUAAUACAAGGAAGUCACUUAGAGAUGAGUCACUUAUACAAGGCAGUGACGUAGACAUGAGUCACUUAUACAGAGCAGUCGCCCGCUGGUGCGUCGUAGGGCUCCAGGGCGCGUUGCUGUCGCGCUGCAUACGCCCGGUGCACCUGCACUCGCUGGUACUGGGCUCGCUGCUGCACCCGCACCAUAUG